AUGACGAGAACUUCUACGGAUGCCAUCCAAUGUCUGGAAGGAGUCGAGCAAUUAUCAUCAUCGUCAUCAACGCGAACAUCACCACCGGAACAGCAUCAGCAGCAACCGGGCGCUGAAGAAAUUCGAACCAUACCUGAUCGGGUCGGUCCUUGGCUUUUGAAACGUGGAAGAAGUUCAAGCUGCACUACUUAUGCAACUCCAGGAUACCAUACACCGACCGGUCCAUAUUCAAGCGGAGAGCAGAGUCGCUCUGAAAGCCCGAGCCCCGGAGCGAGUACGAAUGACACCAACAACCGCGAGGGGUGGAGGAGGAGGGGCCGACGAAUAUCGGAACUGACAAAGACUUUGGAUGAAGUCGACAAACAAUGUGAAGCGAUCAAGGCAAUGUUGGAUGCCGAGGAAGAAAUGAUGAGGGAAGGUAGACGAAACGGAGAGGAUGGUGCGGAACGGCAGGAAUCUGCGCAGAUCAGCAGACCGUCCACAACUGUUUCAACGUUGACGUCGGGACUAAGAGCGACACCAGUUCCUGUACCGAUUCCUGUGUCUGUCUCUGUUUCUGUCCCUGGUGGUGGUGGUGAUUGUGGUGGUGGAGGUAGUAGUCGCGGGUGUGCGAACGUGAAUAUAAACGUGAGCACGAACACCACUACGACGGCGAAUGCGAAUGCGAAUGAGAACGAGAAUACGGACACAAACGCGAAGCCGACUACGAACCCGAACACGCCCAUGCCCACGCACACGAAUAGAGCGUCGCCAACACCAGCAGCUGGAGCAGCUGGAUCAUCACAGCUCUCGACAAUACCUGGCGUCGAAAGAACCGCCGCCGAGACUCAUUUUAUCGCGAGAACGAUCAUUGCUACUUCUGCUUCUGCUACUGCCACUGCUGGUGCUCGUGGUAUUGGUGCCGUCGGCAGCGGUGGCGGUGCUCCGACUGCUACCACGGCGACCACAACCAUAAACUAUCAAUCCGAAAGCUGCGAAAGCUGCGACGGAAUCCGUAUGGUCGUAUGGAGAAAGGUGUACGUCGCGUGCACCCUCUUGUUCUUGUCUUGUGUGGGCCUCGUCGCCACCCCCUGCGUCUGGGACGCGGCUUUCCUCCACGGUCGCAACGAGGGCGAGCAUCGACGGACGCUGGUUUUCUUGUUUUUGACACUGCCCGUCGCGUGUGUGACGGUGGUGUUGGCCGUGGGUAUGUCCGGGUUACAGGAACUUAGGGACCACAUGGACCGGGAUCGAGUCGUGACAGCGACGGCGCCGACGACGAGGACGGACGAUGCAGAGACGGCGACGACGAUGACGAGGUUCCGUGGUGGUCUGCGAAAUCAUCAUGCAAGAUUGUGGGUCCGAGAGUACUUUUGGUGCGCCGUUGCGUCUGGCGUCGUGGUGUACCUGUUCCUUGCGAGGUGGGUUUGGUCUUUGGAUCCAGGUAGGUCAGAAGAACAACCGGUAUUUUGA